AUGCCGAAGACACUGCUGACAGAGAUGGCCAUAAAAUUUUGUUGCUUUUCUCAGGAACCUGUGGAUGAUGUGGACUCCUGGGGCGAGUCCAUCGAGAAGCUGCUGUCCUGUAAAGCGGGACAGACGGCUUUUCAGGACUUCCUGAAGUCGGAAUACAGUGAGGAAAAUAUUCUAUUCUGGCUGGCUUGUGAGGAAUAUAAAAAGGUGACGAAUGAGCCGGAGAUGAUCAGCAUGGCCAAUCAGAUCUACACUGAGUUUGUGCAGACGGAAGCACCCAGACAGGUCAACAUCGAUUCUGGGACUCGCACAAAUAUAACAAACAGCAUCUCGGAGCCAACACAAAGCUCAUUUGACACAGCACAGAAGAUGAUCUUCAGUCUAAUGACCAGAGACUGCUAUCCCAGGUUUCUGAAGUCCGACAUCUACCAGUCCAUCCUGCAAAAGCAUGGAAAGAGAUGA